CCAAUCAGACUCGCGCACUCAGAACGUGUAACCCAAUUCCGUAGAAAGACCAAGUGUCAAAUCCUACAUUAUUAUAGCAACUACAUCAUUAUUAUUCAAUCACACCACAAACAACAAAGCUUUACACGAGUCCAAACUCCCACCUGAAAACUCGCCUGAAAAACCACUAUUAACACUGUGUUUGUGUGUGUGUUUUGUUGGCAUAAAGAUAGGGCUGAGUGGCUGACAUUUUCUCACGCCUCAACUUUUCUUCAUUUCUUAGCAGUUCUCAUAGUUUUACACACAAGAAAAAAAAAAAAAAAAGAGCAAAGGUCCAAGAAUGUUGUGUUGUGUGUAGAUCAAUAUCCAGUUUGAAAUAGAAUGACAACUUGACAAGGUUGGGGUGGCUAUGGUUGAAAGAAUUGAAUUAUGAUGAGCCUAUACAAGGGAAAGGAGGUAAACCCAGAUUAUAGAAGAGGUAGUAGAUCCCAUGCAACAAGGCCAUGGAUGAGGUACCUGGCUCAGUGGGGACAAGUGCUGGCUUCUCUUUGAGGUUGGGCCAGACCAUCUUUUCCUCUGCUUCUCUUCUUUUCAUGUCUCUGGGUGUAGAAUUCUACAGCUACACUGCUUUCUGCUACUUGGUGACAAUCAUGGGUUUGGUUAUACCUUGGAGUUUCACUUUGGCCUUGGUGGAUGGAUACUCUGUUCUGGUUAAAUGUCCUAUUCGGCAGCCAGGAAUACUGGUCAUCAUUGUUGUAGGAGAUUGGGUAUUAUCCAUUCUCACACUCGCUGCAGCUUGCUCAACAGCUAGUGUUGUGGACCUUCUGCUCCAUGCUGAAAGGUCAUAUUGCCCUCCAAAGUUUUGCAGCAGAUAUCAGAUAUCCGCUGCCAUGGCUUUCUUGACAUGGUUUCUGUCUUUGGCUUCAGCUCUGUUCAAUCUUUGGUUACUCCCUGCCUUGUGAUACUUAUUUGGAUUUUGGCUAUGUACUAUAUUAUAGAAUUUUGUGGCCAGAACCAAUAUCAUCCAGAUUUUUGUUACUCUGAAUUUGUACAUUAAUACUUUAAUUGUGUCCAAAUUUUAGAAGAUGAGGGUUUUCAAUCAUACAAUUACAAAGUUGUAAA